CUUUGUCGCUUAGCAACAUACCAAACUUCCUCGAGCUUCCCAGUCAAAACUAACGUUUUGCUAGUUAGUUACUAUAAUAUUGCCACUUAUUUUAUCAAAUAGCUCACUUGAAUCGUCUACACUACAAUGUCAAAAGUUACACCAAAGAAAAAGAAGACUUUUUCCAGCCGAGUCGAUACAUCACAAGGACAGACACCGAAUAAAAUGUCGUCCCUGGUAAACAGUGCCUCAGAGGACCCUGCAGAACUGUGGAGAUGCCGCUGUCCCAUCUGGCCAGAGUGGAGCGAGGCAGAGGUCAACGCAGAGAAAUGGCACGCGGGUGAGGGUGGAACGAUGGGGAAGAAUGCAGAGAAAUGGGAUGCGGGUGAGGAUGGAACGGUAGAGAGAAGUCCAUGUGCACCGUUCUUCGAAGAUCCAGAAGGAAAGGUUGAGCUGCCUCCGAUGCUGAAGGUGCACUCAUGGAAGCGCCCUUCAGAUAUCAAACUCGCCAAGCCUCCUGUGAUAGUGGAGAAUGAAUCAUCAUUUGACCUGAUUGGAGCCAAUGAGCACCUGCUCUGCAGUGAGCUCUUUAGGUGGAUAAUGAGCGAGAUCUACAUUGUGUGGAAUAUCUGCAAUGGGACAUCAGCAGAGGAAGGCUCCGAUGCCUGGAAGCCUUGGGAACAUAUCUACUCUCUGUGCAAAGUAGUCAAGGGCCAUAGGCCCCUCUAUAACAUCUACGGGAAGUACGUGGUCAAACUCCACUGGAUGGGCUGCUGGAGGAAGAUCACUGUGGAUGACGCGUUGCCGUUCGACAAGGAAAACAACCUGCUGCUACCAGCAACGACGAACCAGUCAGAGCUGUGGCCCAUGUUGCUGGCCAAGGCUGUUAUCAAACUAGCCAACACAGAUGUGGUGUCAGGACAUAGAAAGGGCCAAGGAGAGUUCACUGUCAUCCAUGCUUUGACGGGAUGGAUCCCAGAGCUCAUCCCUCUACAGUCGCGUUACCUGGACAAGGUGUGGGACUUCCUGAAAGACACCAUCCCCAAAUUUAAGUACACGGAGGAGGAGCCCCUCACCCCGGAAUCUUCUGGAGCGAUGGAGUCCGGUCUCAAUGAGGGCAAUAGCAAGUCACCCACUGCAACCAAGACUCCGGAGAAAAGCAAAGAUUCUGCCAAGAAGAAAGUGAAAGAUGUGUAUGAAGAUCAAAAAUCGUCUCCCCCCAACACUGUCCAGCCCAACAUUACCAAUAGUAAUUCCCCCCGUCCAGCUCCAGAGGUGGUGGUGUGUGCCAGUAACCAGCCUCUACACCUUCUAGAGAAGAAGACCUCUGUACUUGGACAGAUGGCGGAUUCAGCAGAGAGGCUGAGGCACUACGGACUUUCUUGUCUCUACAGCCACCCGGUUUUGUUGACUCGUACCCGUACCUGCCCACUGGUGGCGCCCCCUAAGCCAACCCCUGUACCCAGCUGGAAACUCAUACGACCCCGCAAGAAGACAAUUUUCACAGAUGAGCCCAAGGAGCCGAAGGUGGUGAAACCAGAGCGUUUCAUCGAGGUCUCCAGCCCUUUACUCUACUACCUGCAGCUGACCAACCCUGCUGCACCUGAGCUAAAUGGAGACUCAUCAGACCAGGCAACAUUCUUCCAGUCUUCAACUGUCCAAUUUUGGGAGUGUUACCAGAGCAGUCACAGGAAGCAUUCAGGCAGCUUCACUAUGGCGUCCUUCGUCGAAACAGAGGAGAGUGAGAUCGGAGAGACCCCGGAGUCUGGCCGUGCACACCACAACAUCAAUUCACUGGACAAAGUGGACACAGCAGAGGUUUCUGCAGAGGACGAGAAGGACAACAACACAUCCAAUGAUGCGGACAUGGGUGAGUCGGCCUCAGGCUCGUCAUCAGAAUGUCCCAAAUCGACUAAGGAGCCCGGUCUGGCACUGCAGAAGUCUCUGGGUGCCUGUGUGUCUGGGAAGCCCAUGCUGCAGGAGACCUGGGUGGACCUGGAUGACUUUUCCACAUGCUUCCAGACACUUCUGGUUUUCCACAAGCCAAACACAUAUCCACACAAUUUCCAGAAAUCACAUUUCAAGAGCACUGCCUUGUCCAAAAUGUCGGCCACAGCCGGUAAGUGCCCUCUGCACUCAACCCACUCUGCAGCUGGGCCUUUACGCCAUCCCGGCUCCUCUGAUGCUCUUCACAUUCAGUCUCCAGUUGAGUGGGGCUUUCACUACCUGUUGGUGGACAACCUGCAGCCUUCCCACAUCCUCAUCAGCUUUUCUGCUCUGGUGCACUGGGGAGAGAAAGACGAUGAGAAAAAGGAGAGUGCAGUUUUCAGGUCUGGGGCCCUAAUAGCGAAGCCCUACUCUUGGAAGAGUAUCCGGUGUGAGCUCCCUGUCUUUCACAUCAAGACUACCACUUGCAAGGCUGCCCUGCUGACGCUUCCCCCUGGGCGUCAUGUUCUUUGCGUCCACAUGAGGGCGCCCCUGGGUUACCACGUUCACCUGCACAGCAUGGCGCCCUUUGUCUUUGGUGACGAGGAAACCAUCAUGCCUCACCUCACCAAGGAGAGUCUGCGUUUCUGUGACCAGUCCCUGUCUAUUCUGAGGGCACUGGGAAGAGUGGUCGGUUCAUUCUCAGACGAGCUGGAGCUCCCAGGAGCCACCAGGGCCCUAGAGGACGCUCACGUCCCCCUACAGCUAAGCACCAUGAGAGGGAUUCAAGGCCACCAGAGGUGUCUGCAGGUGUUUAAUGAGGCAGUGUAUUACAUGUUGUCCAUGGCUCUGGACAGGAAGCUGUCAGCGGAGGAGCUUUUUGCCAUCCAGGCCCUUAACAGUGACUCUUCACUCUGCACCGACGAGAUAAGGGGACCGUCUACCAUGGAGGCAUCAGAAGGUUGUGGCAGCAAAACCCUCACCAAGAAGGAGAUCCCGGAUGGUUUGAAAGGAUGUCUAGUCCAAGAGAUCCUCAAUGCUAUUGAACCAGGCACAAAGGAAAAUCUCACUGUUUCCAAGACACUUCAGGAGUUGUGGGCCCGGGUGGAAUUGGAUGCAGAGAAACACGCUGUGUUUUUAAUGAGGUACAUCUUCAGGAACGAUGAGAAGACAGCCAGGCUGUACCCCUGUCACACAGAUGAAUGGACCAGAAUCACUUUCACUGACUACUCUGUUCCCCUACCGGAGCUGGCUAACUGCUGGAUACUCGUGUUCAGAGAGGUGUUCUCAAUGCCUAACGACAUGCUGCUGGUGCCUAAGGUCUUCUCGCCAGUCCCCUCCUGUCUGCUCCAUGUCAUAGACAACGAUACAGGAGAGGAGGUGCCCAGGGUUUUUCACAGAGUGGAGCCCCACAUCUACAAACGAAACCAGAAUGGCUACACCUUCGUUGCAGAGGCCCACACCCCUGACACGCCCCUUGUAGGGGCCAAGUGGAGGCUGCGUCUCAUUGGCACUUGUGACCCACUUCCUUGUCUGGAACGAGAGGCCCCGUUGAGCAACUUUUCCGUUAAAGAAUUCCGAGAUUACUACAUUCCUAGAGAUAAGAACAUCAUCUGCAGGUAUUCUGUGAAAGUGAGCGCUGUCCAUGUCAGUACCAUCCAGUUCCAAACGUCUAAGAGGGAUGUUCACAUCCGCCUCUCCAUCCUGGACUAUGAAAGCGAGGUAGCGAGUAACAAUGGGAAAGGCCACGUGGUCAUUCCAGUCUUCUGCUUCCAUCCUAACAACGCCGCCUCCCACGGAUCCCCCAAAGCAGAUGAGAAGCAGGAUCAGGAAAGGACCACGGUGACAGGCUCUACCCAGGGAGUAGGAGCCCAGAAGGGCAUGACCGUGAUGUCUCCCCCCAUGACCGACCAGACUCAGAACCAGACCCAGUCACCAAUUGAGAAAGGGGACCAUAAGUACAUAGUGCAGGCGGAGGUGUUACAUAAGAGCUGGGCUCUGGAUGACUCUCAGUUGGCCUUCGUCCAUACGCUCAGGGACCUGGAAAGGAAUGAGAUGAAAAUGCACUACGAGAAGCAAGAAAGCCAGAAGUCAUUCACCUCCAAGGGCAACUGCAAAGGCAAAGUGGACAAGGACAAAGACAAAUCCCCUGCCAAGCUAGGCUCUAGGAUGGAAAAAAGCCUGGACCAGUCAAAGCCUAACUGGACGUUGCGUGUGGUGAGUGACCAGUGCAACGCGGAGGCCAUUGAGUUGAAGAAAGACACUGAGAGACUGGACGAGAUCAGAGCUAUUCAACAGUCCUGGGAGACCGCUGAACCCGGCAGAUUUGCCAAGGCCUUUCAAUCCAGAUUACAGUUCCUUAACACACUAAGCGGGGCCACUGCUAUGACAGACACUGGAGAAGCAGCAACCCAGGUCCAGUCUCCUGAUGCCCCUGUGAGUCCGUCCAAUCAGGAGCAGGCUCUUCUCAACCAGCCAAUUCCCUCCUAUCCCCACUUACCUAUGGACUACACCCAAUUCAUCAGGAGGCAGCUUGAGGUUCCAGUGGUAAAGACUCAGGAGAUAGAAGAGACACAGCGUAGGGAGCGCGUUGAGCAGAUCCAGAGCUGGAAAUUGGAAAGGGAGAUGGUUCUGGAACAACGGCAGCUGGAGAAGGUAAACAGGAAAGACCUGAUGAGACGCCAGCUAGAGAUGUACGACGGCAUGCAGGUGGAACGGAGAGCACGGCGUCAGAAGAUGCUGGUGGCCCGGGAGGAGGUAGUGUACCAGCAACUGGCAGAGCUUUGUCGUCAGGAGGAGGAUGCAGGAUAGUGAUAAGAAAAUAUUUGUUGUUGAAAAUAUGGCUUUAUUAAAUACAGUUUACAU